CGGAGAGAACUAUUUAGAGAAGGAACCAACCGAGGAGGAGGGUGGCAGCGGCUGGUGCGCGCGGCUUUUUGACGCCAAGGUCUGAGGGGAAAGGAAAGAAAUUGAGCGGCUCCUUGGGAAGGGAUUGGUGGGAUCCUUCACAGGAGGAGGUAACCCCUGGCCGCCCUUCCCGUGCGCGGCGAGGGUAGGGAGCCUCGCCCGAGCCCAUCCCUUUGCCUCUCCUCUCUCUCGCCCCUCUCCGCACCGCCCUGCUGUGACUCUUGCAAACGUCCUGCCUCAAACUCCCGCGGAAAGGGCGGGAGAGAAGCUUGAUGGCCAACCCCGAGAAAGCGCGCUUGGCCCGCCCCCAGGCCCCCCUGCCUGCAGCAGCUGCGGGAGGAGGGAAAUCCGGCCCCGGCUCCGUCCCCAGCCAGCUCCCCUCCCAUGGCCAGAGCAGGAGCGGCGGCGGGAUUCCGUCCCCUGGAAGCACCGGGGCUGCCUGCAACAGCUCCUCCCGUGCCCUCGUAGCAAGCCGCGGCAGCCGCUGCGCGGCGGGGACAGGCUCCCGCAACGCCGUCUCCAACGCAGCAGCAGCUCCUCGGGGUCCCUCCAUUCCCUCCCCUUCUACAUCUCCCUUCAACUUCUUGCCACCGCCUCCUCUGCUCCGCUCCUCAUCUCCCUUCAACCUCCCAAGUCCCCGCGGGAAGGAAGGAGGAGCAGCAACCCGGGCAUCUGCCAGAGAUGUUGGAGCGGCAGCGGCAGCAGCAGCAGCGGCUCCCUUGAUUGUCUAUCCAGGCGGCGGCGGCGGCAGGAGGAGGCUACUUUUCUUCCCUUCCUCCAUCCAGGGCUUGCUGUUCCCAGCUUCCAGUUCCAAAGGCGCCGUCGGUCAACGCCGUCAUCGGCAGGAGCGAUCACCUCCUGGCGAUCCGCUUCUCUGCACGGCUCUUUCUCGUGUGUGGUCCUACAAUCUGCUGGCAGCACGAGGAGGAAGAGGAGUAGCAGCCCGUGGCGACGGCCCCCGAAGCAGAGGCAGGAGCAGGGCUUUCAGGCAGCGGCAGCAGCAGCAACAACAAAGAAGCACCUUCUUUACUUUCCCCCCCUUCUCGGCUCCCCUCCUGUUAGGGCCAGACAUGGAAGAUGGAUCUUCUUCGGCCAGCUGCUUUAGACGGUUUACCGAGUGUUUCCUGAGCACAAGUUUGACAGAUGAAAAAGUGAAGGCCUAUCUUUCGCUUCACCCUCAGGUAGUGGAUGAAUUUGUGUCAGAAAGUGUAAGUGCUGAGACUGUGGAAAAAUGGCUAAAAAGGAAACACAACACAAAGGAAGAACAUUCAACUCCUAAGCAAGUCAAUAGGUACCAGAAUACUGAUAUGCAAGGAGUGGUAUAUGAACUGAACAGCUAUAUAGAGCAGCGGUUGGAUAUAGGAGGCAACAACCAUUUGCUUCUGUAUGAACUGAGUAGUAUCAUUCGAAUGGCUACAAAAGCUGAUGGAUUUGCAUUGUAUUUCCUGGGUGACUGUAAUAAUAGUCUCUGCGUGUUCACACCACCAGGAGCAAAGGAUGGACAACCACAGCUUAUUCCUGUAGGACCUGUUACACUUGGCACCACGAUAUCUGCACAUGUAGCCAAAUCUAGGAAAACGUUACUGGUAGAAGAUAUUUUGGGGGAUGAGCGGUUUCCCAAAGGUACCGGACUGGAAUCAGGGACUCGCAUCCAGUCUGUGCUUUGUUUGCCAAUCGUUACUGCAAUUGGUGACUUGAUAGGUAUCCUGGAGUUGUAUCGUCACUGGGGCAACGACACCUUCCAUCUCACUCAUCAAGAGGUUGCAACAGCCAAUCUUGCAUGGGCCUCAGUAGCAAUACAUCAAGUAGAAUUUGUGCAUUAUCUCACUCAGGUGUGCAGGGGCCUUGCCAAACAGACAGAACUGAAUGACUUCCUGCUUGAUGUAUCAAAAACGUAUUUUGAUAAUAUAGUUGCAAUAGAUUCUCUACUUGAACAUAUCAUGAUAUAUGCAAAAAACCUGGUGAAUGCAGACCGCUGUGCACUCUUCCAGGUCGACCACAAGAACAAGGAACUGUAUUCAGAUCUUUUUGAUAUUGGGGAGGAAAAGGAAGGGAAACCUAUCUUCAGGAAGACCAAAGAAAUAAGAUUUUCUAUUGAAAAAGGAAUAGCUGGUCAGGUAGCAAGAACAGGUGAAGUCCUCAACAUUCCUGAUGCCUAUGCAGAUCCACGUUUUAACAGAGAGGUAGACCUCUACACAGGGUACACCACCAGGAACAUUUUGUGCAUGCCUAUUGUGAGCCGAGGAAGUGUAAUAGGCGUUGUGCAGAUGGUGAACAAACUAAGUGCAAGUGCCUUCUCUAAAACUGAUGAGAACAACUUUAAAAUGUUUGCAGUCUUUUGUGCUUUAGCCUUACACUGUGCAAAUAUGUAUCACAAAAUUCGCCAUUCAGAAUGUAUUUACCGUGUAACUAUGGAGAAACUUUCCUAUCACAGUGUUUGUACCUCAGAAGAAUGGCAAAAGCUCAAGGACUGCAUACUCCCAACACACCUCUGCAAUGAAAUUGAACUAUACCAUUUUGAUAUCGCUCCCUAUGAAGAUUUCUGGCCAGCUAUUUUUAUCCAUAUGAUCCAUCAGUGUUGUGGGUUUGGCUGGAUCAGAAGGGAAGGGAGUUUGAAGAAAGAAGAUUACAGUUCUAUGAUGUCAGCAUUGAGCCUGUAUGUGGAAUCUAGGAUUGUGGAGGAAGGUUUCGAACUAGAAAAACUAUGUCGUUUCACUAUGUCUGUGAAGAAGAACUACCGCCGUGUGCCCUAUCACAACUGGAAGCAUGCAAUUACCGUUGCACAUUGCAUGUAUGCCAUUCUUCAGCAUAACCGCUGGGUUUUCUCAGACAUAGAACGAAGAGGUCUCCUGAUUGCAUGUUUAUGUCAUGACCUGGAUCACAGGGGUUACACCAACAGCUAUCUCCAGAAGUUUGAUCAUCCUCUGGCAGCUCUUUAUUCCACUUCAACUAUGGAGCAGCAUCACUUUUCACAGACAGUGUCUAUAUUGCAGCUGGAAGGCCACAAUAUCUUCUCUAAUUUGAGCUCCAGUGAAUAUGAGCAGGUCCUAGAAAUAAUCCGAAAAGCCAUCAUUGCUACGGACCUUGCUCUAUACUUUGGAAACCGGAAACAGUUGGAAGAGCUACAUCAGACACAUUCACUAAACCUUAAAAACCAAGCACAUAGGGAUCGUGUGAUUGGCUUGAUGAUGACAGCUUGUGACUUAUGUUCAGUGACAAAAUUGUGGCACGUUACCAAAUUGACAGCCACUGAUAUAUAUGCCGAAUUUUGGGCUGAGGGUGAUGACAUGAAGAAGUUAGGUAUUCAACCCAUUCCUAUGAUGGACAGGGAUAAAAAAGAUGAAGUUCCUCAGGGCCAAAUUGGUUUCUACAGUGCUGUAGCCAUGCCAUGCUAUACUACACUUGCACAAAUCCUCCCUCCCACAGGGCCACUACUUCGGGCAUGCAGGGAAAACCUCAAACAAUGGGAAAAAGUAAUACGAGGAGAAGAAGCUUAUGGAUGGAUACCAUCCGAGACAAAUAGCUAUGAGUCAUCAGAAUCACUUCCUGUGAAGAUUGAUGAUUGAUCAACAUUUUAAAAUUGCUUUAACACUCCCACUUCCCUUUUAGGCAUCUCUGUUUUAUUUUAAAAUGGAUAUAAACUGCAAAUUCUAACUGGGAAGACUGUGCAAAUUUCCUUUAUUUGGUGAUACAGUGUGAACAGGAGAGACUGACUGACAAUUCAACUAUUUCAGAAUCUGCUAUCAAAACAAAUGUGCUUAGCUUGUAAAUAUAAAAGACUGGCUUUUUCUUAUGGGGUACAUUGCUAAGGACCUAAGUUGAAAUUGGUGUUUGCGAAGGCAAACCUUUGGGGUUUGUGGUAAGGUGGAUUCAAUGGUACUUUUACUACAGUAUAGUGUGGCUGACUUUAAUACCAGUUUCGCCUCGGGAAUUCUUGGCUAUAAAUAGGAUAUUUCCACAUUGCUAUUGUGAAUGGUUUGAUAUUUGUGUAAUCAGUCUGAACUCCAAUGGAAAAUCUUUGGGGCUGAAACUAUCAUUCAGUUUUAUAGUACUUGAAUUUUUCUUGCUGCAAGUGGUGGGGGUAUUUAACUUCUAGAACCAAGGCUCCAACAAUUAUUUUAUUUACAUCAUGGGGCAACUGCUUUAUUGCACACAUGUUUAAUAUUUGAAAGAUUAUUGGUAUGGUUCUUCAAAGUAAUUUCAUAAGCUUUAGAAUGUGUCCAUUGCUACACUGGAAAUCUAGAAUAUUUAUCUCUGGUAAGGAGAGAUAUAGGCCAGCAAAUUCAGGACCUUCCUGUCAACAUUAGUAAGAAUCAUGGACUAAAUUUCAAACGUGGUAGCAAAGAUUUGUAAAGUAGCCCAGCUGGUCCAUUAUAUUUUAGCAUAUAUUAGAGAAACAUGCCUCCAAAUCCCAGUUUGUUCAUAAUAAACAGGGCCUUCUAAAGUCAUAUUUAUUAAAAGCUGUCAUGGUACCAUCACAGUAAAUGAAACAGAUGUCCUCUUCACUAAGGACAAAAUGUAGCUUUGCUGUUGUUCACUAGGACUGUGUGUGGUCUGUUCUGCCCUUCUCACCUAACCUCCGAAUAAGCAGGAUUUUUCUUUCUCUCAUUACAUUUGUCUAGUCUUGUAAGUAGACACUUUCAGUGAGCUGAGAAUUACCUGCUGAACAAGAGAGCUGAUUUGGAAACCAUUGCACUUUAAUACUGUGAAUGAAGAUCUGUAUUGACUUGCACCCCAAUUCUUUAAAAAAUUACACUAUGUAAAGCAUGUGUAUACCUCUUUGCAGAACUGAGUUUUAGACCUAGUGCAAGCAUUUUAACUUUAAUAUGGUUUUAUAGGAUAUAUAAAUAAGCCAUGGGGCUUAAUACUGACCUCAGUGUGAGUUCUGCUGUUGACUUGAAUGGAUAUGGAACUAGUAUAUCUUUUUCUUUGCCCUUCAUCUUUUGCUUAUUUCUACAAAUCUCCUAAGAGUGUUUAGAGCAGGGAUUCUCAAACUUGGGUCCUCAGGUGUUAUUGGACUUCAGCUCCCAUAAUCCCCAGCCUCAGUGGCCUUUGCUUGAGGAUUAUGGGAGUUGAAGUCCAAUAACACCUGAGGACCCAAGUUUGAGAAUCACUGGACUUUAGAGUCUAUGAGCAGUGGGGAAGCAAGAUUUCACCUGCUCCUGGGCCUGGCUGCCAGCUGUGCACUGCAUGUGUCAUUUAAAUGUGCUUGACAUGUACGUGGGCCUGAUCUCCACAAACUUUCAUAUGCAUACACAUACCAUUUUUAAAGAAUAAGAUCUGGUCUGUGCACAUUGUACUUUACAUUCAUAGGUCUCAUUUCAACAUUAUGUCCCACUGUGUGGACAUCAAGAGGGCCCAUGGAAUGAUCAGAAAAGCCAAGAGACAGACAUGAUCCUGUUGCUCCACCAUAUAUAGAUACUGCACAUUUAGAGGUUUACAUGAAGAGGAAAGCACUGUACUAAGGCUGCUUCUCCUGUUACUUUUUAGAAACCUAGGUGUACUUGGGAGUGUGAAAAUAUAUUAAAACGUACAGUGAGAAUGUCUGUAAGCUGGUUGAGAUUGGAGAGAUGAUCUAUGAACUAUGAGAAUGACUAGUGUACCAACUUUAUUUUUUGACAACACACUAAGAUGGUAUAAUCUUAAAGUAUCUAUUUUUUUGCAACUCUUCAGAUAUGGGUAUAUUGCUUAAGAGUAUACCCAUGCCAUUAUGAAGGGAUGCUAGAAGCAGACUUCAGCCUACUGUUUGUCUGUCCUCUGUGCAGAGUAAACUGCUCUUUUUACAAGCUCUCAUACACAGAUUCUGUGAUGGAUUCAAGAUAAUGUUGCUUAACAAAGUUAUGCUAAAACUGUAUUUUUAACUGAUCAAUGGACAAUAUUCAUUCUUGUUCAAUAUACUAUGCGCACAAUUCUGUAUUAGCCAGAAAUAUUUCCCUAUUUUUAGAAGUUUAUUUUAGUGACUGGUUUUGCAAAGAGUUUUGACUUGGUUUAUAAUUGAGCACAUAGUUAUAUAUAUAUAUUUGUACAUAUAUAUAUAUUUGUACAUAUAUAUAUAUAUUUGUACAUAAGUGUGCACUGUCUGGUUAAAAAAAAUAAUUUCUGAAAUAUACUUGAGCCUUUGCCAUACAUAUUAUUUGUAGGUUUAGAUUUGUGCUCUUGCAAGUCUUAAUUUUAUUUUAUUUUAUUUUAUUUUUUAUUUUUUUAGACCAGAUUCCUGAAAAGAUCCAGUUGUCUGUUUUAUCCUAAUUGUUGAGUCUGCCUAUUCACUUCAGUAGUUUUUAUUUUAAAUAUGGACAUUGCUGCCAAGCUGAACUAAGUAGGUAAUAAAGAAAGAAGUUACACCUAGCAUGAUCUGAUUUGAUUGAGCUGAACAGCAACACCAUAUGUAAAAUGAAGACCAUUUCUGAUUUAUACGAAGAAUUCCUAUGCAGAUUAUGUUUACAUCUAGAAAACUGACCAAGCUAGUAAUGUGCAAGAAACUAUUCCAGGUAUGUGGCAAUACAGAAUUGGCAAACAUCUGAAGUAGACAGAUUCUGAGGGCUGGUUCACAUUGUAUUGGCAAUAGCAUGUAUGAUGUAUGGGUACCUUCUGGAUACCCAUGCGCCUGAUGAUCAUGUGGAAGGUAUCUGGUGUGUGUGGGCCCUACACAUAACCAUUCUAUAUGUAAAAGUUAACUAGUCACAAUUCCAUCACAAGCAUUGUCACAAUUAUGAAAUUAGACAGCAUGUGACACAUGCAGUAACCACAUGCAUGGUUACGUCACAUGGAAAUGCCUCCACUUGAUCAGCAGGUACCAGUAUGUUUUUCUCUUGAAUGUCACCGGCAGUGUGAAUCAGCACUGAAAACCCUUAACUUGUAUGUUUAUGUAUUUGCUAUCUUCCAUCUCAACUACCCCCACUACCCUUUCUUUUCAGAGCAGAAAUGUAUUCUUUCUUUCAGUGGGUGGCUUCACACGACAUGAUAAAAGCCCUUUGACCUUGGUGGUAAGCCCAACUUUCAGUAAGGGGGGCAUGAUAUGCUGACAUUGGUCAUGUCAUACGAACCCGCCAAUGUCAUCAUAUUCUGCUUGACUUGCAGUUCCAAAUCUUACAUCUGUAAACAUCUUCCAAUCUUGAUUACAGAUGUUGACUUCAGAAUAGCAAGUUGGGUGGAAUAUGCCAACAUUUGGUGGGCUUGGACAACAUGACCAAUGCCAGCAUAUCAUAUCUCCCAAACAAAAAAUGUGGCUUGCCGCCAAGCUCCAGGAACUGUAAAGCAAGAUUGGGCUUGCUGCCAAGCUCCAGGAACCAGAGGUUCAGCUUUUACUGUUCUAUGUAAACCCGCUCAAAGGAAAAUCUCAGAAGUUUGAUGGAUCAACUUAUUUGGUGGUAGUACUACAUAACUUAUACUUUGCAUGCAUAUUUUAAGUAAUAUCUGGCCUUUCCUUUCAUGGAAUUUUGUAAUAAGUAGGUGUGUUUGUUAUAGUGCAUCGGGUCGGAUUCUAACUUUCAGUGGAGUGCUGCUCCAUUGUUAAAAGUUCUGUCUGAGAACAGAAAGAGGGUUGCGCUCAUGAAAGGGGUCUUUUGCAAGCAGAAGGGAUUCUUUAAGCUAAGCUCUCUUUUUAUUCCCAGAAGCAGCUUCCAACAUUAGAAGCUUCCAACAUUAGCAGCUUUGAACAUUCUGCUGAAAACUGGGAUGCAGCCCAACCCCUAUCCACACUACAACCCAUGACUAGAUGCUCUUAUGAUAUCCCCUCUCACAUUUUGAAUUACCUCAAUCACAUUUUGAGCUGAUUUCACAUAAGAGUUAGAAAAGGGGUCAUAAGCUGGUAACAAUGUAUAGAAAAUUUUAUAGAAAUGGUUAGGGAAAAGGCCACAAGCCACAGUUUCAACUGAUUGUAUAGUAGCUCUUAAAGCCCUCUUAAAGUUGAAUACACAUUUUGACUUUCUGGUGUGGAAUAUUGCAGAAACCAGUAAAGCAGUCUGCUAUCCUUUGGCAUAUGUAGAAUGCCAAAAUGUGUAGAAGUAAACAAUAUAUUUUUGAAACUGAGGUUCAAAUUGAACUUUGCUUCAAUUAAAAAAAAAAAACAACCAUCCCAGAACAAUUCCAAUUACUGUAUGCUUUCUCCUUCCAAUAUCAACAAUGGGAAUAUUUGAAAUCCUUUUUCAGCAUUUAUUUUAUGGAAUGGAAAACCAUUUCUCGUAGCCUAGGGUAAUAAGCCUGUCCAGUUAUUAUUUGAUUCUAGGCUUCGAUACAUAAUGAACCUGAGGGGUUCAUUAUACACUUCCCCAUCUCUUGCCCACUUCCCUCACUGUGGGUAGAACUGAAUUACAAGGAGAUCCCAUGGUGAAUACAGAAUCUCUGUUUUCCCUACGACUCAUUUCUAACCAUGGUGAAGGCAGAGAGAAGGACAUUUGUUAGACCUAUUUCCAGUAUUGCCAUGGGUGGAAUCCCAAGGGUCAAGUAAAAAGUAUGCAUAUUGAUCACUGCAUUUUUGCUGCCAUAUGUUGAAAUGUUGGCUGAUCAAGGAUAAUUUCGCUUAGUGGACAAUAAGAAUGCUAUUGGCCACAAAACCUUUAUAUUAAAUAAUAAUGCCAACUAAUACAUCAAACAGAAAACCAUAAUGCCUCAGCAAGGGAACAUUCUAAAAUGGGGCUAUACAACUUUGGUGCUCCAGCUGUUUUUGGACUACCAACUCCCACCAUCCCCAGCCUAUAAUAGUCAGGAAUUAUGGAAGUUGUCCAAUGUCUGCAGGAGGGCUGAGGUUGUACAGCCCUGUUCUAAAUGAUACAAAUCAGCUCACACAGGGCAUGUACUGUGAUUCUACAAAACGAUACUCUACAUUAGGGGUAGGCAACCUUGGCUGUCCAGCUGUUGAAGAACAACUCCCUAUCAUCCCCGGCCACAAUAUAUUGUGGCUGGGUAUGGUGGAAGUUGUAGUUCAACAUCAGCUGGAGAACCAAGUUUGCCUAUCUCUGCUCUACAUAGAUGAUAUUAUUAGUCUCUCUCUCUCUCUCUCUCUCUCUCUCUCUCUCUCUCUCUCUCUCUCUCUCUCUCUCUCUGUUUUCUCUGGGUGUUAUUUUGUUAUUAAUAUGUCUGAGUCACUAGUUCAGCCAGUUUUAAAGCUAUAUACAAACUUUGUGGCAUUUCCCCCAAACAGAACCUUGGCAGGCCUGUAACUGUUCAUGCAACUAUGACCUUUCUGUAGAAACUUAAAACUUUGUCAUGCAGUCCCUGUGCAAUGCAACGUACAGGUAAGUGCAUACAUUCUGAGGAAACAAUAUUCCGACCUAGCAAAGGCACAUCACAGUAACUUUCUUUAAAAAAUGUUACUUGCUGACCAAAAACUGUGCUUAAUUGUAAUAUGGAUGCAUAUUCAUAACGGUAGUAAUUUAACUGGUUUAUAAAUUAGAUCUAUGUAUGCCCUGAUACUGGCAGAUAGUUCUAGGAAGAAGACAUUUAAAGGCAACAAUAUCCAUCUUUACUAAAUCUAAGGAGUUUGGGGGAACAUGAUUUUAUAUAUAUGAUACUUAGAAAAUUCUUUGUAAAAAUAUAUGCAAGUGCAAUAAUUUAAAGAGAUCUUAACUUUGCAUUUAUAAAUUAUAAAUACUGUACAAGGGUAUGUAUUUUUUUCAUGUAUUCAUUUGCAGUCUUUGUAUUUAAAACCCCCCUCAAACCUUUAUUAUUAUGUUUGUACAAUAGAUAAUAUAAUCAUUUAUUAUGGUCUAGGUAAGUUGUAAAUAAAUUUGCAAAACCCACAGCCAGAA